GCUCCUGAACACCCACAGCUGAGAUGUCCUGUCAGCAGAGCCAGCAGCAGUGCCAGCCCCCUCCCAAGUGCACCCCCAAAUGCCCUCCCAAAUGCCAGACUCCAAAAUGCCCUCCAAAAUGCCUACCCAAAUGUCCUCCCAAGUGCCCCCCUGUGUCUUCCUGCUGUAGCCUGGGUUCUGGGGGCUGCUGUGGCUCCAGCUCUGGGGGCUGCUGCAACUCUGGGGGCUGCUGUAGUUCUGGGGGUGGAGGCUGCUGCCUGAGCCAUCACAGACCUCGCAGAUCUCUUCGUCGCCAUCGCCGCAGUUCUGGAUGCUGUGGCAGUGGUGGCAGCAGUGGCUGCUGUGGCAGCAGUGGCAGCAGUGGCUGCUGUGGCAGCAGUGGUGGCAGCAGUGGCUGCUGUGGUAGCAGUGGUGGCUGCUGUGGCAGCAGUGGUGGCAGCAGUGGCUGCUGUGGCAGUAGCCAGCAGUCUGGGGACUGCUGCUGACCUGGGUGAGGAAGACUUCAGACAAAUGGUGCAGGAGGAGCACAUGCUCAGAAGGCUCCCUAGUGCUUGAUGCUCUGUCCCCUCCUGCUUCCUUCCCUCCCUGCUCUCUGAGGUGCUGAAAUCUCCUGAGAAAUGUUCUGUGUUCUCCUCAGGAAAUGAAAAAUUUCCUUUUCCCCUUCAUUACAAAUUUAAAA